AUGUCGCCUUCUCCGUCUCCGUCGUCUCGUGUGAAUUCACCAUUGAGUCGACUCAUUCCCAUUCCUCUCGUCGCUGCAGCUCCACAGAGCUCUGCUCCAGUGACUCUGCUGCAGUGGAGGCGAAGCGCGAGUUCCUCAAAUGACAUGCAUGGUCGAUUUAGCAAAAUGCAAGGACCUGUCCCGCCCGCGUCCCUUGUUGGUUUUACUUCGUUAGGCGUUGGGGUGACAAUAAUCGCUACCUAUGAAAUCCUUCCUCAUCAACAGUGGUCUUUUGAAGAAAAAGGAGUAUCCUCCUCCAAAGACCCAUGGCACUCGGACCGGCACGACGCGAUGAACUGUCGGACGGCAGAAAUCAUUGUUGAUGUUGUUGAUCUGCAUACAGUGAAGCCAAUACAGAACGCGCGAAUAGAAGUCCUGAGGGGAUCUCUGUCAUUUACGACGACAGAAAACAAAGAUCUGACCGGCGGCGCCCACGAUGGUGUUUCUCUUUUGUCUUCCUCUGGUUCUCACGCAGGUGCAGAGGCAGGUAGCGCCAAUAAUAGCACUUGCUGGUUCACAAAUGAUAGAGGAUUCGUUCGCAUUCCUCUCCCCCAAACUGUGCAUCCUUUUGAUCCUUUGUAUGUCGUGGUAACAGCAGACAUGCAAACGUGGCAACCACCAAGUGUAAGCACGCGCGAAAGGAGAAUCGGAUCGACGGCGAAAAAAGAUUGUUUUCCUACCCCCGAAACCGAAACAACACCUGAAAGGCGAAGACGAUUGGGCAGUGUAAGGAGUGGAGAGGAAAUUUGCGGGAAUGGAUCGCACGAGUUACCGUCCAGUGGGCGAUCGCCUUCCCCGUCUGAGUUAUCCUCCCAAAACUCCUCGAACAGGUAUCGGAAUUUCCGGGGAAAUGGUUCUGCUGAAAGAGUUAGCAAAAUAGAGACAAGAACAAACACGACGAAGGCUUUAAACAGCCGCCAUGGAAACACGAAGGGCCUUGCGUUCAUGGGGGGCCCAUAUUUUAUUCCCGGAAACCCUGGUCGGCAGAGGCUUGACGUUGAAGAUGCAGCGAGACGGCGAGCAGAAUUAUUUUUUCACGAAUCUAAAAUGCGACAAAAUGACGAUAUAACGCUCUCACUUAGGAUGUCUGACGAUGUUUCUGCCAAAUUAGCUCAUUUCUCCUAUCACAGACAACAGAUGGAAGCUGCGUUGAUCAGUGACAGGCUCGUCUACGCUCCAGGAGAGACACUAAUUUUGCUUGGUUUCAUUUCCGUAACCGGUGCAGACGCCUGCAGAUUGCAACGAGACUUGAAGACCCGAGGAGAGAAAGCAAACGAAAAUGAGGAGAAAGAUAUCACCAAGGCGCCUCCGUUAUGCUUGCCGCAUUGGACUCUAGGAUUGGAUUUCACCGCUUCGCGGAACAUGGAAGAACAGAGUGGUCGAGAAGGGAAGGAAAUGGGAAGCAGUAGCAACAGCUCUGGCAGAGAGCGAGCGACGAUUCUCGCAGAUACCUCCACCAAUAAACAUUUUUUUUCGAAUGAUCUGUAUGUUCUUCUUACAUUUCGGUGGACUGAUGAAGAUAGUCGUCAUCCGCCAAGACAGCCUACAUCCGUCAUUCCACGGAACCAGCCCUCAGCUCACCCCUCCGCUUCCCUGGGUAUAACAACGAUUGGGCGUGCAACCGGAGGGGGACAAGAAGCAGCUCUAUUAGUUCCAAGAAAAGUCCGUUCAGGCGAGAAUGCACCUUCCGCACGAGCUGUCAGGCUUCAGUCCGCGAACGGCCUAGCGAGGGGACACAGCAAAGGGAAUAUCCCAGGUGCUGUUCCGCCUCUGAGAGCAGAUGCGGACAGGGAUUCAAACGUGUUCUAUUCGUCUUCAAGUGCUCGCCAAUCUACCCCAGGGAGAGUGAAGGCGGAGGAAGCCACGGUCAACUCAGGAAAAGUGGACGAAGACGGCAUCCCCCACAAGGGCAGCACAAAGGCAGUUUCAAACGUUGAUCCUCCGUGUUCCGAAUUCCUCGUUCCCCUAAACGAGCUGGGCUCGUUCUCUCUUAAACUCAAAAUUCCCAGAAACGCGACACAACGCCUUCUGCAGACGCCCGCUAUUCGCAUUGUGUCGCCGUCGGUUGCAAUGGAACUGAUAAAAGACGAGGACACUCAAGACUGGAAACACAUUCGAGGACAUGCCGUCCCCUCUUCUUUUGUCACAAGUAAUUCCAGGGAGCGAGAAAAUGUCUCUUAUUUGCUCAGGCCUUUUUCUGCUGCUGCUGAGGCCGGUGACGGGCAAGGUGACGAUCCACUAGCAAUAAACGAAGAGGAGCAUACUCCUCCGCUGUUCUGUACCUCUGAUAAUUUCGCUUCCUCGUUUCAUGUGGAGACGAGGACGAGAGCUGAUAUCAUCCCAGUAAAGGUUCGUUCGUUUUCGCGUCCCGUUAUUGCCUCUCCAAGAAUUCCAUCGGUCCAGUUUUUGCCUCGCGUCCUCUCAGUGUCUCCUGUUGUCGCUCCGCAGGGAGAAGCGGAGGCUCGAGGGACCCUACAGAGGAUCGGAGUCGAAACAACGGCGGGUAAGGAGUCAACAAAGAAAACAUCUCCGCCCUCGUCUUUGCUUUCCACUUCGGCCACUGUCACACUCUCGCUUCGAAUACAGAGGAGAAACGUGCGACAGGGCGAAGGUUUUCCUUCUUCCUCGCAGGGACCGUAUCCCCCUCUCCGUCCUGCAUCUGGCUUCAACCGUCCUCCUUCCCCUAAAGCAACACCGUCUUUUUCUCCCCAUGCUACUCCCGGCUCCCAGGCCCCAUUCGACCCGCCCGAUAAUUUUGCUUUUGAUCGGUUUAGCCCCAGGGAAGCUACUCGGUUUCAACCCAUGGAACAAGACUUCUAUUGGGGGGCGUCUGUGCACGUUGAGGCGAGGAAACAAGAUCCUUCGAAACCGCAAGUUUCGUCUACUGUUGACCCUACUUCCUCACCUCAACGUCGCGGCACAGGGCGCAGAGACGGAAAUGGUGGUCAGACUCCUGAGCCAGGGAUGAAAGACGACAGCACGGACUUCGUAGAAACGCACUCACAAGUUUGUACAUCCGGGUGUCGUUGCUUGGACAAUGCCGAGGGUGACAUCGAAUGGAGCCUCGUAACGUUGCAGCAUGGAGCUACUGUAUCAUAUACGUUAGAAAAGCAGAGGGAAAGGAUGGGAGCAUCUCGAGAAGAAGUGAACCGGCAAUACCAGAACAAGGGCACGGAAUUUGUGUGGGGUCAGGGCUUGCGCUCUUGCCCUGAAGGUGCUGUGAGAAUGAGGGGCGAAGGAGGCCGUGUCGAUAUUGAGGGCAUGGAAAAUGCCUCGAACGCGAUCCUGAUCCAGUCCUGCCGAGCGAUACCCCUUCGAAUUGAUACCGCGAAAAACGACAAGAGAAAUACUACUGAAAAUCGGGAUCGAUCCUGCGUCAUGUCUACACCAGUAGAUUCUUAUCCGUACCUGCUUGUGUCGGAAUUGUGCGUCGGGGAAGCCUCAUCUGUUGAAAACAGAAUCCUAAAUGUUGCGGAAGGAGACGAGGAACAAGGUGAAGGAAUCUGCAACCACAAAUUCACAUUUUCGCUGAGUGGGAGUGGUCGAAAGAAGGAAGAGGGAGGGCCAGAUGAAGCACAGCCUAGCGAGAAGAACCGGGUCACAUGCGACAAGAAGGCGAACAACAGAAAUGUACCAGGACAAGAAGAGCAGGCGAAAGACGUUGUGCCUCCGCGGACUGGAUUCAGAGAGUGGGGAUGCUACGUUGAUUGUGUUGUUCUCCAAGCUACAGAGAAAACGCUUGACACACGGAAAAUUACUCUCUCGGUGAAUACCGACAAACCCGACUACGAUGUAGGAGAAGAAGUGAUACUGUCAUUCCGUAACCCUUUUGGACCCUAUUCCUCGAUAGCACCACGACGAAAACGGGAACCCCAUUCAUUUACGCUAGUGGAAGCAAAUUCUGGAUCUGAGCCGAGACAAAGUAGCGAGAGCGACGCAGUACCUCAGGAAAAGUCCGAAACAAAGAAACGAAACACAGAGAGUUCGACUAUUUUGUCGGUAUGCGAUGGAUGUACCUCUAAAUCCUUGGAAAAAGGAUUACUGCGCAGUAUCCCACCCUUGGAGACAGAGCAACUGUUUGAAGCAGCAACUGAACGGCCCGUCUUCACCGUGAAUGAGACCCUUGUCACUGAAACAGGAACAAAUGCUGCAGAACCAAGCGAGGCGGUAGACGGCAGCGUUGCCGAAGCACUCGAAGAAGUAUCUUCACCCUUGGUAUCCGUCAGCCAUUCGUGGAAUACUGGAAUGCAUGACAAUCCAUCGGAUGGCACCCUUUUUUCGUCUGUCGCAAGCCCGCAACUAGGCAGCCCAGUUAACAGACCGCCUUCUUCCAAUACGAGAACUAUACAAGGCUCGAACUGGAGUGCUCGGUUGAACAUCAGUUGGCUGACCAAGAGCGCCAGUAUACUCAGUCGCAUGGUACCACUAAUGGAAAAUGGAAAACCAGCAAUGAGACACAACGGAGAGACAGAAGAAAUAGGAAUCGUGAAUAGGGAACCAGAAGAGCGAGGUGAAUCCGGGCAGCCGACGUUGAGCAGAGGUGUAGGGUCAUUCACUGAAGGAGGUCUAGUUGGAAAGAGACGAAUAGAAGUCAUAGAUGCUGCAAAAGCGGCCCAGGCCGCUGAACUGAUCACCGUCUCAGCCGGAACAGUUCCUGUUGAAUGUAGAUUCACGGUAACCUGUAAGCUUCGUCUGGUCUUGCAGCCGCCCCUCUCGCAAGAAAGAUUACCAUUAGCAGGACUGGAUCUUGUCUCGAACCCCCGCUUCUCAGCAUUUACAGAAGCACAGACAAACGAUGAGAAACGCGGCACAAAGUCAGAGAAUCUGGACACCCUCUCCGCAGGGAGCAGAUACAAAGACAAGAGCCACUCAGAAACAAACUAUUCAAAACCAGAGGCCCCAUUUUUGUCUUUCGUCGACGAAAUAAACGACUCAAAGGAGCGACGAAGAAACUGGCUUUUGCCAGAAUUCGGACCGUUCUUUGUUGACCAAGAAGUAUAUAUAAACGUCAAGAGCCCGAGCACUUCCCCUCUACAGCUUCCGCCAGGUGUCCUUGCGGUAAAAAUUGCACGAGCAGGAAGCGACGAUUCGUACACGAACAGGCAAAGGAAAGAAGCACAGAAAGGAGAAAAGGUACACCAGGAGAGAAAGGAGUCAGAAGCAGAUGGUGCAAAUGAAAAUAUGGACCAGAAUAGCGAACCAGCGUCUCAGAAGAAACACGGAAAACACACCACUCUGGUUAUAUCCGCGAGUUUGGAUCUUAGUCUAUUAAUGAAGGAGGAAAAACCAACGGCAACGGUUGACGGCGCGAAGAGUGCUGUAGUAUCCCGGAACGAAGUCUCCGCGGCCAUACAACCACGAGGCUUCUUUCCGCGGGCGAAUGGUCCUCAGGGUGCCCAGCAUAACACGGUUGCCUCAGCACAUGCAACAUUCUCCCAGGCCAAUUGCGGAAUGACAAAUAAUACCGAGAUACCUCGUCUUCCGGGCCAGGAGAGAGGCCAUCCUGAUGUCACUACGGCUAACGAAAUCCCCUGCGGUGUGAGCCACGGAGAAACAGAGUACUCGGCAAUAAUCUACCUGGUAGUGACCGAUCAGCGGCUGUUGCGACUACGCGGGCCAGGUAAUAGGACAGCAGAUGAAACGCUUUUUUCCCCAGCAAAGGUUUUCUCUCGCGUUCGACAAAGAGGUGUUCGCUCUAGCCUAGACGUUCGGACGCACACUUCCUCGUCAUCAUACCACAACUUGCAUGACCUUGCCUCCUACCGUGGUCUUCUUUUAACCUCUGCGGCUCUUCGUUCGCAGCUCCAGUUCGAUCCGUGGAUCGAAUACACGAACUGGCCUCUUCACCCCUCCGACUAUUUCGAUUCAGACUUGAGCUGCAGCCUUCGCACGUGCAUGAGAGAUAAAUAUAGCAGCUCUCUCGUCGGUGGUGGAUUUUCUGGUGACCGUCUGUACAAGCGAACGCGGGUCCCUUCCUCACAAAUGGAGUAUUUAGAGAAUUCCGACUUGUGGGUAAACUCGGCACGAAGCAGAAGACAAACUGCCCCAGAAAACGACAGCAUGGCCAGAGAACAGCAAGCAGAUAUCGGAGUCAGGAAACAAGCGGCGAUGUCGUCAGCCUCCUCCCACGGAGAAGAACUAUACGACGAGAUGACUGUUAGUGAAUUGGAUGAGAAAAACUUUGCAGAUAUUCUCACAAGUGAGAGUAGGACCCCGUCUGUCGUCCGACUCUACAAAGUGAAUAUGCGUGAAUUAGCUGUGACGGGUUCAAUGAGCAGCUCAUCCCGGAAACAAGUGGAUAGUGGCGAAGACGAAACAUCCCUGAUAAAGAAGGCGUCGGUUAAACUCUCUUUCCAGGGUCCUGCCUCUGGGAUGUAUGCUGUGAACGCAUUUGCAGUCAUUGUAAAGAAAGAGAGAAUUCCUGUUGCAGCAACCGUGGUUCCUGUGCUCUCUCCUAGAGGAGACGCAAAAAACUGUACUCUUGGCCAAACCUCUGAUGGCACCCAGGAACAAAACAGAAGCGCUGUCCUGUUGCCUCAAGAAGUCUGGUAUGAUUCUCAGCAGGCGUUCCUUGAGGGGGAUACAUUACCGGCAUACGAUUCGUUCACUCACCUCAGUAGCCGCCUUCCUCGCUUCUUGCGAUACGGAGACGUGGCGUACGUCGACUUUGGCUCCGAUACCAUAUUCUGUACGGAUUCCCCUGCGAGCGUCAUUGAAUGUUCAGGCAAUUGCGCAAAGAUGGACAUCAACAAACCCGGAGACGCGUUCCCCCCUCCAUCGAAUACAACAUUUUUGUGCUGGAAAUCUCUUCAUGAUUCGACUCUCGAAGUAACUCAAUGCUCUGACUUGGAUUUCUGCGGAACUUCACCACUUCUACCACGUGAGCAGGACCAGGGAAAGAUAUUUCGGUCGCCCUUAGAACCAACAAAACAGCACAAGAACGACGAGAAAGGACAGCUGUAUACUUCAACUCACAGGCUUUCCCAUGACGUAUCUUGCAGCCAGGGGCUUCGACUACGAGUCAAAAACAACGUUGCUGGGGCAAAGCAACCAGGAUCUGUGCAUGAGGCUGUCAUUGCGUUCUCGAGACUGUCAGAAGCGGGCAACUGCACCUGGCCGUCAAAGAAAAGCAAAUGGGAAGAUACUAAGGUAGCGUCAGAAAACCCUUCCCUCGAAACUGAGGAGCCCGGGCCCCUCUACAAUAAAGGGAACUUCACAACAUUAGUGGAGAUGCCGGUGCUACCGAUAGAGUUCCCGGUCUCCAUCAGAAAGUUUCAUUUGCUGUUCCCUCACAGUGAAGACGCUUCUACGGGUCGCGUUGAGUCAGCGGUCAAUACAUCUCUGCCGACUCUAGAGGCCGUUGGAAAGAAAGGAAGCAACCAUGUUGGCGUCAGCAUUUUACGCUACUCUUCUCAGCUGCAAGUUCAUGAGGAGACUCAGGACGAGAGGCUUGACCAAUGCAGUUCACUUGCAAGUAUUCCCUGUGUCAAUCAGCUUCUGACCCGUGACGAUGAUGGUGUCUCAGAAGAAGCUCCAACGGCACACAGGAGAAAGCAGCUGCCGACCCGACUGGAACAGGAUGAGGAACAUACGAGCGGAUGGAGAAACAAGACGACCGAGAAAGCUGUACAACAGGCAAGUCACAAGGCAGAUAGCUCCAGGAAUAAGGAGCCGCCUCCCUCCCUCUCUCCACCUUCUUCUCUUUUUCUCGUUCCUCAUGUACCAUCUACUUCUUGGUAUCCAAUGGAGCAGGAGCGGGUCGUCGCCAACAAUGGCACGGAACCCACAGGCUCUCCCGGUCCACAAAUGAUACAUCCUGAAGCCAAUACUGUAGAUUCUGGGCCCGCGGCUUGGGACGACUUUCUUUACGUGCCAGAAGCCCUGGACCUCGAUGAAGGAGGCCUUUCGAUUGAAGCAAAAAUGGGGUACGUGGAUGCUAUCGAGCGGCGUGUGUGGCAAAUGAUUGAUUUGCAUAAGAAAACGCUUCUAUGCUGCGAGUAUUUCUUCCCAAGGCUGCUGGUUACAUCGCGAAAAGCAGACGCCGGCGGCCUUGACCAAUUCGAUCGUUCCCAGUGUUCAGCAGAGAAUGUCUCUUCGAACUCAUCUGAGGAUCGCGUCAUCUCCUGCGAAGAUGUUCACAAGCCAGCGGACGGGCACGGUAAACAAGUAGUCGCGCCUCUCCAUAGUAAUGACGGGCAACAAAGACAUCAGAGAAAGUGCCCCCUGUUAGCUGAGGCAGCAGCCCAAGAUGCGCUGGAAAUCCUUCCAAACUCCUCCGUUCUACUAAAUAUUAUUCUUGCUGAUGAGAUCCUCUCCUCAUUCGAUGGCCAAUGUAACCGUGGAGACGACGUCGAAAGCAACGCCACUUCCUCAAAGACCUCCGCAGCACCGGCGUCGUCUCCUCAAUCUUUCUCCGCGCAAACGUACGAACAAGCUUCAACAAGUGAUUCCGCAGCCUCAAACUCUCUGCACAGUGGUGAGAAUUCCGCAUGUGGAACCAGCAGUACAAAGACGCGAGCUGCCAUCAGUAUUGCGGGUAAGGCCGCCGUACACCUGUUGCCCCUCUAUCUCCCCACCGAAAACAUCCCUGAAGGCUUCGAUGAUUCAUCACUACCAUUAUACAGUUCUUUCCAAAAUUUCGGCCUUCUCCAGCGACCUCUGAAGCAGUAUUUUACUGCGAAAAAAGAGACGUCGACUCCCAUGGAGAGACCUGAUCUGAAGGAUUUCACUCCGAAGGAACCCGACCUGGCUCUUCUUCUCCACGCUGCUCACGUUUUUCGAAUUCUGAAGGGAAAGGGUGAGGAACGGCCAGCAAUCAGGUCAGAGAGUACUGAACGGGAAAUCCUGCGUAGAGCUGAGAAGGCGGUAACCCAAGCUAUUAACAAUUAUGUGAAAACGCGAACGAACGAAUGGGAGAAAGCAAAUACUCAGAACAUGCUGAAAGAUGAGAACAACAGCCUUAGUACUAGUCUCGUUGACUGGAUUGGUGUCAGCCUACUCACUGAGCUGCGUUUCGCUUUGGGCGCAAAGCAUUCUUUUGAACUUCCAGAGAAAGUGGAGCAACUGCUCGGGUUUGAGAAUCUCGUGCUGAAAGCCCGCGAAAAUAUAACAUGGGUAAACGCUUCUGAAGUGGACGAAUGGAGUCAGUCUCAUGGUACAGUUCUUGAAUUACCAGCACUUCUUCUCGCCGCCACUCCAACAGUCACAGUUCCGAAUGAUAGAGACAUGAAAGUGGGGUCUCACUAUACAACCUUCGUGGGCGACAGAGCAGGCCAACCGUGGGAGGGACAGAGAAAUAUGACCCACGGUUUCGAAGAAAAUGCUGUACCACGCUCUCCCUUCACGUCCACACAGCGUAUAAACCCUUCCUCUACUCAAAAGCAUUCGGCAGGGUAUUUUUCUUCCUCGACAGACAGCUUGCGAGAAAGGAUACUCGAAGAGUCUUUAAGGCGUAUGGUUUUUUCCCGACAGGAGCUGUACGCGACAGUGGCAACAACAGGACGAGUAGGCCCGUUUCCAAACAACAUACUUUCACUCAAGUCGCAUGCCCUACUUCUUCUUCUUUGGUGUGGCGAAGAUUCAUUAUGGAGGGCUCCCCACUCACGGGUCCUGUGGUACGUCGCAAAUGCAGUAGCAGAUAGCGACUACACUGGGCCUUUAUUGGACAGAGGGCAUCACCAGAUGAAGUGGAGAAGAAACAGUAAUUCGGCUGAAGAGGACACUUUCAUCGAUCUAUCUGGGGACAGAACCAUUAGUUUUGUUCUAGAAGCUCUCGAUCUUCUUCACGACCGCUUCUACUCCCGAGGAGGUAGCCGACGGGAGCCUGUGAACAUCCAGGUCACCAUUAGCGCUGAAACUGCCUCUUCCUCUGCUCCUCUAUUACCUUUCAACACAAACACGCGUUCUUCUCAAGACACAAACCAAUUCCCGGCGGAAUCUGCACAUUCGUCGCUUCUGUCUGGGCAUCGCGAAGCGGUCUUUCCGACAACAGGAAAAAGUGUCGCUCCGUUUGUUGCAUUCGUGAAUGUGACACUAUGCAGAACGGAGGGACAUAGAGGACGAGCUGGGUCGCGGCGAGAUAUCUCCUGGAGAGAACUCAUGAGCUGGCGCGCAGGCAGCACGUCUACCCUUGAAAAUAAGCUCGAAAGGCAGGCUUCCGAGGAAAACAUCAAUCCUGCCAAUGCGCGUACAGUCUACAGGGUGCGGUCUGUGGUCUCUAGGCCGGUGGCGGGUCUCACCAUAUUCCUGUCAGCUGUGUACAGGCCUCUACAGCGAGUGAACGAAGAGCCUGAGUCUCAUUCGGAAAGGGCCUCUGCCCCAGACUCUUUUGUAUCACGCUCUCGCACACCUCAAAAAAUAAAUCGAUUCUGGCAAGUUUUCGACCGAACGGCCCUCAGCUGCGCCGGUGCACUUCGACCGUUUAAGGAGAAAGAGCCCGAUGGAGGAGAGGAAGAUCGCAAUUCCGUUCGGAAAGGGCACGAGCGAAUUCGUGCCAAGCAGUAUCUAUGCAUUUCUAUCACCCUGGAGCUAGACAUGAGGACUCAGUAA